AAUGCCAUCGACCUGAAUAUUCGGGUCUUCACGCUCUGCCGCAUACCCGACUACAACGACCUCUUCAACGUCGCUGCUGUCGUCGUGGCCUAUGACAUCUCGUCCAAUCACGGCCUGAGCGAAGCGCUGCGCUGGGCCAAAGAAGCGCGACGAGAAGGUCGGCACAACUUGGUGCUUGCCGCCGUAGGCCUGCGAAAAGACCUGGUCACGCGCAAGCGAGACGACACUGCAGCGGCGAAGCAGGUGGCCAUUGGCGUCCGUGUCACGCUCUACGCCGAGUACUCAGCACUGCAAGCCUCGAGCCGCACGUUGACCAAGUUCUUCGGCCGUAUCGCGCGGCGGGUGGCCGAGUACCCCGAGCUGUGGGUGGCCCCCAUCAACGUACCCACUCAUCCUCCCCAUCAGUAG